UUUUCCCUUUAGAGAAAAUUAGAACGAAUUUUUAGAUAGAAUCGUUUACCAUGUCGCAGCAGAAACGUCGAGAGAAAUCAAAUAAACUCACACGCUGGGAUCGCAUACGAAAGCGACAGCUGAACUCCAAUCCCUUGAGUGUGAUCAAAACCGAUGCAGUGCGUCGCUUCAUUGAGCUUGACUAUGUCGACAAGCGACAAUCGAAGCUGCUUAUUGAAGGCGAGCCGCAGAAGCAUCUGAAUCCCAGCGUCAUCAUGGACAUGCGUCACGAGAUGUUUGCUCAAAUCCCACGCAAGCUGCCUUUGGCUACAGUGGCUCAUAGCAACACACUGGAGUCGACCAAGGCACACAAUCUGGAGGUGGAACAACGCUACAUGCAUCAUCAGCUGCAAAAGUUUCGCCAACAGUUGGUCAGGCAGCAUCCGCGUCAACACAAGCUGCAGGUGCGUCCUACCAAGCCCGAUUUUAAAUUGAAUCAUGGCCCGUUGAUGGAAAGCUUGGCGCAGGCAUCGCGCAACAUCGAUGAGUUCUACAAGACGCCGGUGGAUGCACUGCAGCUGGCCCAGGAACUGUGCUCCACACACAAGCAGUUGGCUAAUACAACGCUGCUGAAUCAGCUGGAACCAGAGCCAGAGGCAGACGUCGAAGUCACUUGGUUGGUGGAGCAAGUUGAGGUGACCAAGAUGCAGGAAACGUUUGAGAGGGAGCAGCUGGAGUGUGGCAUGGAGCUGGACACGCUGGAGUAUCGCAAGUUUAGCAAGCAGGUGCAGCUGGACGAGAGUCGCGCCCAGCUGCUGCAGCGCUGUCGCACGCCAAGUCCGCUGCUAACUACCGAGGAGCUGCUACGUCCCAUGAGAGCGGCAGCCGAGCGUCAAAUGCUGCACUUGCGCACGGUGCGCCACGAAGAGGAGCUGCAGCUGCAACAGCAGCAAGCGGAGCAGAAGGAUCAGGGCGAGACACCUCAACUGCAGCGUGAAUCCUCCAGUUGUUCCAACACGAGUGAUGGCAUCGAUUCCGUCAUCUCAGACCUGGCCGAGGAGGCGUUGUACGAGCUGCAACUGGAGGCAGCCGAGCAGCAACAGCAGCAGCUGGAUGAAGCCUUAAAUGAGGUGCUAGUGGUGGAACCACCUGCCAAGCAUGUGCAGUUCCAGCUGCCCACCAAGCAGACGUCGACUCCCUCGCCCCUCGAACUGCCCUUGGAGCCGUUGCUCAUCCGUCGCAUAGAGCUGCCCCGCGUAGUGCUGCAACCCAAGUCGCCAGUCGUUGCUGAGCCUGAAGAGGUGCAACUAAGCAGCUGCAGCGAGGAUGAUCCUCCGCAUGAGAAGCAACGCAUCAUUGAACAGCUGUUCCAGGCACGCGACAACAGCGAACUGAAUGUGCUGCGCAAGUAUUUCCUUAAGUGGAUACACUACACGACCAUGGAGAAACUGGAGCGCGAGUCGGGCGGCCAAAAGCAGGGCAAUCGGGCACAGAAAAUCAAUGCAUUUCUUGACAAGAUCAGGCGGGAGAAACGUAGACAGCGUGCGGCGCCCAACGAAGGCGACAAGAUAGCGCAAAAGUCUUUGGAGCAGCGCGAGGAGGCCGUGAAAAUGGCCAAACAGUUCAAGAACAAGCUGAAGGUGCAACAGGACAUCAUUGAUCUGCAGCGCAUCAAGCUGGAGCGUCAAGAGCGUUUGAUAAUGCAGCUGAAAUUGAACAAGCUCAGCGACGAAGCUAAGGAAGCACGCGAAGAUCUCAAGCAGGAGCUCAAGACAGUCAUACGUUGCGGCGAUCCAAAGGCCAAAGCCAAGGCCAAGUGUCUGCAGUUGAUUGGCAGUUUACGCGACGCGGAGGAUGACGAACUAGAGCGCCUGCAGGGCAAGGCGCUGCUGCAGCCGCGCUUCCUGCAGCACAUGCAGGAGCGUGCCCUGGAGCGAAGUGUGCGUCACGAGCAGGCGCGUCAACGUCGCGCUCAGGCGGAGGCCGAGCGAGAGGCCGCCAAGCUGGCCGUGGAGGAGGCCAAGCGACAGCAGGAUGAGGAGGCCAAGCUGCUGCGUAUCGAGGUGCUGAAGGAGAAACGCCGCCAGGAGAAAAUGGCCAAAGUGCUGAAGGAACGCGAACGCCAACGUUUCAUUGAGAAUCAACGCAAAGCGCUGGAGUUCUCACGUCGUCUUCUGUUGCGUCGCGUCGGCAUGGAGGCCUUCAAGCGUCUGCUGCAGCGGAAGCGCGAGAAUCAGGUGAAGAGCGAGGAGUUCUGUCGGCGCCUCUAUAAGCGCAACUAUUUCCAUUUGUGGCGCAGCUACACAGAGUUCCGGCAACGUGAGCGUCGCAUUCGUGCCGAUCUCUGCUAUCAGCGUGCUCUGAAGCGUCGUGCUCUGCACGCCUGGCUGUUGCAGGUGCACGAGGAGCGCAAGAAAUUGCAGGUGGCCAUUGACUGGCAUGCUUUGCAUGCGAUGGAGCAUUGGUUCAAUCGCUGGCUUAAUCACACGACGCAAUGUCGCCUCUUGGAGGAUACCAAGAUGCGUCAGGCGAUCUCCCAUCACGAGUGGCAUCUCAAGUGGAAGGUGCUCGACUGCUGGCAGCGGCUGCCGCAAAUCUUGCGCCUAGAACGGGAGACGGAGGAACGUCGCCAGCGUUGGCGCAUGAAAAUCUGGGAACUUCUGCCCGACUAUAAACCACGCGAGGACAGCUUGUGGUAGCAACAAGGAACUGGCUUUCAAAACUUGUUUUUAUAAGUAUAUAUUCUGCUCUUUGUUUUUGAUUUUAGCUUAAUUCUAAUGCGGGUCUAACUGCUGAGUUUUUAUAAGUAUAUUUUCUGUUCUUUGUUUUUGAUUUUAGCUUAAUUCUAAUAUUCUCUAGCUGCUGAAUAAAGUGCAGAUCAACUAGCAAGCGAAGUAAAUCUAAUAACGGCGACUAGCUUACCAAACUAACAAGUAAUUAUUCGGGCUUAAGCUAAUUUAAAGGGAACGUUAGCUACAGUCAAGAAUGAGGUCAAAAUGAAUAUACAGCACAGUAAAAUAAAUAUAAUACAAUAGAACAUAAAUUGAUGGGAAUUGAUAAUUAUAUGAGAAGAACAAAUUUAAUAUUUAUAAAUGAUAUUUUGAAGUGCUCGAAAGUAUAAAUAAGUAAGGAAUCGUAUGAUUUUUAAUUGAAUAUAAAGAGUAACAGAAACUUUCGCACCGUACAAUUACUUGAAUAGCUGGCCGAGUAAUUCAAUUGACUUUUAACACGUAGAUAAACAGCAUCUAAUUUUGAACUUCAAUUAGUGCAUAAUCUUUGUUGUUUUACCGAUUGUUAAACACUAGCGUUUUAUUAUAAUUAAGUAUAGUUUGUAAGCUUAAAUUGCGUGCGCCUUAAAAAACAGAAAACAACAUAAAACAACA